AUGGCCUCCCUAAUAACCAAGACUGAGACCCCUACAAAGAAGCAAGACACAAGAGGUCACGUGUCAUCUCCAACCACUCCAGAUGCUACCACUACACCAGCCACACCAGUCGCGUCGUCGCCCCGGUACAAGCUACGGGCGCGCAAACCUCGAGAAGGCUCGCCAACGGCUACACCAUCGCGACGCAACAACGGCCCUAUAACGCCGUCACCGUACGAAUAUCUCUACCAUCAAAACAACGGCGCCACAGACAGUGCAAGGAAAUUUCGAAAUCGCACAAUGUCCAGCACCGCGGGCAAAUGGCGCGAGGAGCAGGUCCUCAUCAUCUGCCCUGGCAGCCAGACUACCAUGGCUCAGCUGGGAUGCAGUGAGUUGACGCCUCCCGCGCGGCGCAUGCCCACGAGGAUGUUCAAGGAGGGUGACCAAUGGGCUCCAUACCACAAAACGAAGCGCACAACCAUCGUCAAUGGUGUGGAGGAGGAUGAGUGGCUGGAGGAUGUUGAUGAGGACGAGGGAGCUGUGUAUCCCAUUCAAGCUGGCCGCAUUGUCAACAUGAGCGCACUCCUCGCUUUCCUCGAUCAUGUCCACGGUCUGCUUACAACCACAUAUCACAACACUCCCAUCAUGCUCAUGGCUUCACCACAAUGGACCCGUCCCGACUGCGAAACCAUAGCCCGAUACGUUUUCGAGAACACGAGAACUCCUGCACUAUGCAUAAUUCACAGCGGAAUCGCUACUCAGUAUGGAUUGAAGUGGCCCAAUAUGACCGUGGUGGACAUUGGUUACGAAAAAGUCGAUGUUACAGCAAUUCACGACGGACGAGUGGUAAACCAUAUGGGUGUCAGCGCUACCGAAGUCGACGAAGAGAUUAGUGGAGGUGAAGUCUUCACUCGAAGUUUGGUCAAGUUGCUACAGGACAAGGGCUUCAACCGCGACAUGGCCGAACAAUUGAAGAAGAGCAACAUUUGUGAGGUCCUUCCUUACAAUGCCACCGAGGAUAACUUGAUGGAGCUUCCAAAGGAGAACACUUCUGGUAUACCAGUUGGUCAAUCGGUCGCUACUGCAGAAGCAACCACAAAAGCCCCUGAAGCACCCAAACCCACAGAGAAUGGAGACGAAGAUGGUAAUGGCAACACUGAGGAUGAUGGUGUGCUGGACGUGGCGGCUAUAGUUACGAGCGGCCAAACAAAGGAGUUUCUUGCCAAAAAGGAAAAGGAGAAGAGCAAGGGCGGUAGAAAGAAGGGUGAAAAGGAGGCUGAAGGUGCAGCUAAAGCCGCCCGCCUACCAAACUCGAAGAGGACACACAACACCUUUGCUUACGAGGAGAUUAUUCAAGAGGAGGUUCCUCCACCAUCAAAGGAGAAGGAGACUGUAGAGAACCCCGCCAGCGGUACAACAGAACCUCCCAAGCCCGAGGGCGAGACCAAUGGCACGCAACCUCCUCAAGGAGAGGGAGAGACCACCGCCGCACCCACAACAGAGGAGCUAAAGCCUGAAGAGCCCAAGCCAGCGGACGCUCAAGAACCAACGCAGUCGAUAGAGUCCAAGCCUGAAACUGAGCCCAAGCCAGAUGUGCAGCCCGUUCCUGAGACACCUGAGAAGCGACCGAAGCGCGUUCGUCGAGACGUCGAGGUUGGUCUUGAGCGCUUCACCUUCGUCCAACGCCGUGAGAUUGAUCGCAUUGUGAACGCUAUCUAUCGUACGGUCCAGGGUAUUGACGACAUGUACAUGCGACCCGCCUGCUGGGAUAACCUCGUCUUUGUCGGCAACGGUGCUCGUCUGCGCGGUCUCCGCGAGAACAUCCUCCAGACCCUUAACGCCCGCCAUCUUGUCUCCCCCUCCACAGCGACAAUGUUCACAUCAGAGCUACCCUCCAACAUGGCCACGCCGACCGGCACAGGCGCCCAGACUCCCACUGGCUCUUUCACUGGCGCACCUCACCAGCUCUCUUCAAGCGGUGUGAACCCCUUGCUCCAGGCAGCUACUACGGCCGCUGCUGCUGGUAACACCGGCACUAACAUGGUCGGCACGCCACAGCCUGCUGGAUCUGAGGCUGGAGGACCUACCACGACUCACCACUUCCAUAGCCAGACUCCUACCAGCAUUAAGACUGCUGCGCUGCCUACCUAUUUGAGCGAGUGGACCAAGAAUGGCUUCGAAGAGUCCAUGUUCCUCGGCGCUCAAGUCGCCGCCCGUAUCGCAUUCUGUUUACACUCCAACAUGGAUGCCCAGACCAUCGAGGCUCAACGGCUCAUGAGUCUGAGCAGAGUAGACUACAAUGAGUUCGGCCCCAAGGGCAUUCGCACGCACUCCAUGCUCGGCUAG